UUAAAACUAUCUAUGAGGACUUUUUAAUUUGUCAUUGUGUGUUCUAAAAUAUUUGAAAAAAAGUAGAAUUCACGAUUUAUACUAGUAUUUUGUUUCGUUUGUUUCAGUUUUGUGUUUCGAUUUGACAAAAAAAUUCAUCUGAAUUUAGUUUUGUAUUUCUGGAGAUUAUUUCUAAAUUAAAUCAGUUAAUACUUUGAUUUUUAUUGAAUUUUCGGUUCGUCUAAAGGUCAAGCAAGUGCAUUAAGUUUAUUUUUAUGUGCAGCAUCCAUAAAAAAUGAUGGAAUAAUAAUUUAUUUCACCAUUGGAGUGCUAUUUGACUUGCUGUUCUUCGAUGAUUCUACAAAACAAAAUGUUAUAAUUAAGAGAGUUCGUAUGAAUUGAAGACCGAUUUGCUUUUAGUAUACAUGGGAUAUAAUUCGCUCAGAGUUCAUGAUAUAAAUGGAUGAAACACUGGUUGACGUAGGCGGACAUGAUAAUGAAAUAUUCCUGGACCUCUCUAAAAGAGAAAGACUAGAAUAUACGUGUUCUAUUUGUCGAUUAAUUCUGAAUCAACCCCAACAAUGUUGUAACGGACAUGUAUAUUGCUUGUCAUGCGUCAAAGAAUGGACUAGACGGGGGAACAAAACGUGCCCUACCUGUGGAGCACAGGCUACGUACAGUGAUAAUACUGAUUUGAGAAAUAAAAUAGAGAGCAAAUAUGUACGAUGCGAGUCUUCUAUGUGUGCAUGGAAAGGUAGACUUGAAAGGCUUAAACAUCAUGUUGCCGAUUCUCACCAUUCGUCAGAAUCCAGCGUUAGUACCGAGAGAGACACGUUAUCAACUGACGACCGAAUAGAAUAUCACAAAGUAGCUAAGGAGGUUGACAAAAUACACCAUUUGAAAAAGGAGGUUGUCCAACGUCGGAUAAAAAAGAUGGAAAAGAUUAAGAGACAAAAUGUGUUAGAUAGGCAAAGCGCACAGACGUUACCUCCUUUAGAAUCAAACACUUCUCGUUCCGACUAUUACCGACCACUUACGGAUAUAACCGACAGGAAAACGGACAAAUUGCCUGCGAUUGCAUUGCAACAAGCACAUACUAACAGAGGGAACUUCUAUCAAAAACUGGAAGAUAUUGAAAAUGUCAAGCAGAAAAAAAGGGAAAUAACACGAAAAAAACUGGAACAAAUCGAAAGUCGAAAAGUUGCAGAAAGGCACAGUUUAUACAGAAAAAUACAAGACAUUGAACAAAAACAACAGGAAAAUAGAUAUAACUCUGAACAAAGAAUUUUGCAAAUAGAGAGAAAAAUGAGGGAGGAAAAAGAUGCUUUUCAAAGGAAACUUUCAGAAAAAGAAAAGAAAAACAAAGAUGGACACGCAACAUGGCAGAGACAUAUAAGUGUGAUCAAGGUCAAAAUGAAAAAUGAUAAAAUGACCCCUCAUAAUAUGAAAAGUACCAUCAAACCGUAAUAAAAAACUGGAAAAUCUUUGUUUUUCGUUUUUGGAUGAAUCCGUCUCCAGAAAAAGUCACGGUCCUUCUUAUUGUAAUUGCCUAUCUUCUAACUUCAACGCUUUUGCAGAAUUUAUACUUUCGAUUUAUUAGUGAAUGCAUUGUCGUCCAUAAUAUGCGUGUAAUACUUGUCACUUGACGUAAAGCAAACGGCUAUUGAUUUAUACAACCUUUGGUCUCAAGCACACCUGAAUAGAAUAGUCAUGGACACAAUAGUAUGGAGGAAAAUAUGUUGAAGACUCAAAAGUACUUUUGAAAUAUCUAGUCAGUUAUAAGUGCUUUUAUUUAAAAACAAUAUUCGACAAAUAUAUAAUAUUUAGUUUCAGAUUGCUUUAAAAGAGAGGGACGAAAGAUACCAGAGGGACAGUCAAACUCAUAGAUCGAAAACAAACUGACAACGUCAUGGCCAAAAAUAAAAAGACAAACAGACAAAUAAUAGUACAGAUGACACAACAUAGAAAACUAAAGACUAAGCAACACGAACCCCACCAAAAACUGGGGGUGAUCUCAGGUGCUCCGGAAGGGUAAGCAGAUCCUGCUCCACAUGUGGCACCCGUCGAGUUGCUUAUGUUAUUACAAAUCCGGUAAAUAGUCUAAUUCGGUAAGUCACAUUCGUGAAAAGGGAAGGGUAUUGUAGUUACGACAUAAGGAACAUAUCCGAUAUCAUCUGUGAAACGGUAAUUCCAUAACGGUCAACCAACUCGUGAUGGCGUCCGUAAAAUUUACGAAGGGAUGACUUCAACUUCACCAUUUGGAACUCUUGGUUUAAUAGCUUCCUUGUGAGCAGCUGUUAAAAACAAUUUUUUUUUUAAUUUAAACUAUAAUUAUCUUUUUGACUAAGGAAAGUUAUUGGUUUUUGUAAUUAUACCCUAUUAUAACUGUAAGAUCGAUUCGGUAAUUCAUUAUUCAUGCAUUUCAAUUAUACAUGAAAUUAUGUUGCUUAUGUUACGAAAUGUAUGACAAAAUGUAAUCAUUGUAGCUUUGUGUUGAAUAUUUUCACUAUCAAUGAAUCUUAUCAAAGACUAUAUAAAUAUGGACUUGAUGUAAGAGGUAAUCAGCUGUUAUUUAUGACGAUAAUAUGAUAAUAAACUAUAUGUUUUUCUAUUCGUGUCC